AUGAGGGUUGCCAUUUGCAGAGUUUCUAUAAUGUUUUAUGACUUCUGUUGCCAAUGCACGAGUGGAUUUCUGUCUUAUUGCUGCUGCUGGCACUUCAUGUCCUAUUUUAAAAGAAGAAGAUAAUUACUAGGAACCUAACUGCAGCUUACUGCCCUAACCUGGAGGUGUCGCAGGUGUAAAUCAGAGUGAAACGCAGAGCUUCUCUCUCCAUGUUUGUCUGUUUAUUUAAUCACUUUCUGUCGCUGCUGAUAGUGUUGCACAACAAAACAGAAGAGAAACAACAGAAAACGGGAAUAUAAUAAAAAAAGGAGAGAAAUGAGAGUAAAAUAAAGUCCAAAGUGGAUGUGAAAACACCCGAUCUGGCAACUAGAAGACAUUCCGGAAUGAAGGAGGGGUCAGGGGCCCAGAGCUGAGCGCCGCCCUGGGUGCAGGGAGUGAACUUUGUCACAAAUUUCGCUGAGCUGAAACACAUUUCCACCUCCUCCGUCUCUCGCCGGCAGAUGCCUGCUGCGUAGUGCGCCCUGCAAAAUGUACAUCUGGUUCACCGUCUUAGCCGGCCUGGCUAUUCUGUCCCUCUCAUUCCUCAAAACUUUUUUCCCGUACUUCGGCGAGGACUGCGUCUACAUCUUGAGGAGCAUCAAACUUGGCAUCAGGCUCGUCAAAUACAAGAGAAUCAAACCCUUUUACAGCAUCUUGGACUGCUUCUUGGAUGCGGCGAAGAGGCAUCCCUCUAAGAUCUUUCUGCACUUCGAAGGGCGCGAUUAUUCUUAUGGCGAAGUGGAUAAACAGAGCAACAAGGUGGCCAGAGCUCUGCAGGCUGAUGCACGGCUGAAGGAGGGGGACACGGUCGCCUUGUUUCUUGCCAACGAGCCCAGUUUCGUGUGGACUUGGCUCGGUUUGGCCAAGUUGGGCUGUCCGGCAGCUCUGCUCAACUUUAACAUUAGAUCCAAGUCUCUGUUGCACUGCUUCUCCUGCUGCGGGGCCAAAGUGAUCAUCGCCUCUCCAGAGCUGCUGGACGCUGUGGAGGAGGUCUUACCGACGCUGAGAGAGCAGGGUAUCAGUGUGUACCUCCUAUCAGACAGCUGCAGUGUGGAGGGCAUCAACUCUUUGUCUGACAAGAUCUCCCAGGCCUCAGUUCAGCCUCUGUCCCGGGACCUCAGGUCCAACGUCAAUAUCAGGAGCACUGCUCUGUAUAUCUACACGUCAGGCACCACAGGUUUGCCUAAAGCAGCCGUUGUCACCCAUGAGAGGGUGUGGGCCGCCUCCUUCAUCCAGGCGGCGUGUGGAGUCACAUCAGAGGACAUCUUCUACAUCAACCUGCCUCUGUAUCACAGUGCAGGCUUCCUCAUCGGGAUGACUGGAGCUAUCGAGAGAGGUAUGACCAUUAUUCUAAGGAGAAAGUUCUCUGCCUCUCAGUUCUGGGACGACUGCAGGAAGUAUAAUGUGACAGUGAUGCAGUACAUUGGUGAAACAAUGCGCUACCUCUGCAACACGCCCAAGAAAGACAAUGAGAAGAACCACAAAGUGAGGAUUGCCAUCGGCAACGGAGUCCGGACAGACAUAUGGUCGGAGUUUCUGCAUCGCUUUGGUGACAUUAAAGUCAGAGAGUUGUACGCUGCCACAGAGGGAAACAUCGGCUUCAUAAACUACACGUCCAAGAUCGGUGCAGUGGGGAGAGUCAACUUUGUCCACAGAUUUUUCUUCCCCUACACUUUAAUCAAGUUUGACACUGAGAAGGAAGAACCUGUCAGAAAUUCUGAGGGUCUGUGCAUCGAGGCGGCCAGAGGUGAAACGGGACUUUUGGUGGGAAAGAUAACCCAGAGGUCUCCCUUCGUUGGGUACGCUGGUAACAAGCAACAGACGGAGAAGAAGAGGCUUCGCGAUGUAUUGAAAAAAGGCGACCUGUACUUUAACACUGGCGACCUGCUUCGGUUUGACCAUGAGAACUUUGUGUACUUCCAGGAUCGAGUUGGUGACACUUUCAGAUGGAAAGGAGAGAACGUCGCCACAUCGGAGGUUGCAGACAUUCUCACAAUGGCCCACUGCAUUUUGGAGGCAAAUGUCUACGGUGUUAAAGUUGAAGGUCACGAGGGACGGAUCGGCAUGGCAGCAGUCACUUUGAAAGAAGGAGAAACUUUUGACUGUUUGGACACCUACAAGCAGGUCGUCACCUACCUCCCAGCUUACGCAAGACCUCGAUUCAUCAGAAUUCAGCCGUGCCUGGAGAUGACGGGGACGUUCAAGAUGAAGAAAGUGAAGCUGGUUGAGGAGGGAUUCCACCCAGCGCAGAUCAAAGACCCUUUAUACUUCCUCGACCCAGAGAAAAAGACUUACGUUCCCCUGACUGAGGAGAUCUACAAAGCAAUAGUUUCUAGGGAAAUCAAGCUCUAACGCAAGUUGUCAGGUGACCCGUUUGUUUACAGAGAUUUAACAGCUCGCUCAUGGACAUUUUUAACACAGUCAACUAAUCUCAGGGGCAGACUGACUUUAAAGGUCACACAUUUUAAGAGACCACUUUUUUUUUUUUUUAAAGUAACACAACUACUGUUCAUCUCUACAGUUUUGUAAAUGUCCUCCAUAAUGCUGACAGCAUGUGUUAUACAGGUAUGUCUCACUGCCACUGUUGUACUUUUAAUAAUUAAACUCUGAUUAUCUUUUCCCCCCUCACUCUCAAUUUAUGGUCAGCCAGAUGACUUGUAUCAUUUUAUUUUUUAAAGCCAGAAUUUACUAUUAUCUAGAGAUUUUUUUUGCAUUAGAUUGAAGAUGCAGCAAUUUUUUUUAAUUAGGCCAGCUAUUACACAGAUUUACAUUAAACCUAUUAAACCUACUUAUGUCACAUAUGAUACAAUCUGUUGUGGGUUUAUCAGUGAACCUUUGCACUGAUCUUGAGCACAGCCAUUGUUUGCUUUAUCAAACUGUGUGUGUGUGUGCUAAUGGCCCAUACUGUUAACAUGCAGCUUUGUCGUGUGAGGUAAGAGAAUAAAUGCCAGGUUAUUCUGCUCUGUUGUUAA